AUGAAUGUCGGCAUGGGACGGGAAUGUUCUUUCCGUACAAUUAUGAAGAAAUUGGAGGGACGUUUUGGUGCUAAGGAAUUACCCGAGACGUCGACGGUCAAAUUCCAACAGGCCACUCAGAAGAAUGACGAGUCACUCGAUGACUGGGCCGAUAGAGUUAUGACCCUCGCCACACCCGCAUUUCGUCACCUACCGGAGAAACAUGCCCGUUCCGAGGCCAUUUCCAGAUUUUGCCAAGGGAGCACUGACAAAGACGCAGGGAAACAUGUGUUUCUCAGCAGACCACGGUCCAUGGAAGGAGCUCUGAACCUGAUGAAACAAUAUCAGUAUGUUAGCCAGGCCGUGGAUGGAAAGAAGAAAAAAGGAAGGGAGGAAACCUCAGUCAAUGCAGUGAAGUCUUCUCAAGAUGAGAUUAAAGCUCUAAUUGAGAAGGAGGUCAACAAACUUGCAGCUAAACUGGGGAAGACCAAUCUACAGGCUCAAGGACAGUCUGGUUCCAACGAAAUAACCUGCUUCUUUUGUAAAGGAGCAGGCCAUAUGAAAAAAGACUGCCGCCGCUACAAAAAGUGGUGUGAGAAGAACCCAGACAAGGUCAAGAAGGCAAAGAACUCUACCGAUUCUUUAAACUAG